ACUCAACAUCGCAGUUCGCUUUUAGCCAAGUUCAGCAAACAAUCAACAUGAAAUUCAUUGUGCUCGCCGCCGUUGCCUGCCUGCUGGCCGCAUCCGUUGUUGCCGACAAGGAGGAGAAGAUGCUGGGCUCUGCUUAUGGUGGUGCUGGUGGUGGCUAUGGCCAGCCUGCUGCUGCGCCCGCUGCACCAUCUUAUUCGGCACCGGCUGCACCGUCCUAUGCCGCACCCGCUGCACCGUCCUACGCCGCGCCAGCACCAGUCUCUAUACCCGCACCGCCGUGCCCCAAGAACUAUCUGUUCAGCUGCCAGCCUAACUUGGCCCCAGUGCCAUGCAGCGCCCCAGCGCCCAGCUAUGGAUCUGCCGGUGCCUACUCCCACUACGCGCCCGUCUUUGCGUCCCGCCCAAUGUACUAGUAAUGGGAGGAUUCCAAAAACGCUUAACCGGACAUUUAUGAAAACAACACAAUAAAUAAAUACGAUUUGAUAACAGAAA